AUGCAGAGCAGCCGAGAAGGUCAACCCUUGCAAACCAACGAGGAAGUUACUCGGUCUCGCCCAAAUCGUAAAGGUCGUCAACGUGACCAACUAGCCAUGUGUGCGGAAGACGUUGAGAAGCUUGUGAAUAACCGACUUCGAGAUUUAAAGAUUGGUGGAAAUUUUGAAGAUGCACUACGUGUUGAGGUAGACCGAGCAAACUCGUCACCUUUCACCGUCAAAAUUGAGCAGGCUGCUCCCCCGAAACGAUUCUCAACGCCCUCUUUUACAUGCUUCAAAGGCGAUUCCGAUCUCAAAAGCCAUCUAAAGCAUUUCAAGAGCCUUAUGAUCCUUUACAAAGCCAAAGACGCGCUAAUGUGCAAGGUGUUUAGCAGCUUCAAGGAGUUGGCUUACGUCUUCACCAAAGAGUACACCUCUUACCGGACGAUCAAGAAGAACCCUGACCACCAGUACAACCUGUGCAAGAAGCCCGACGAAUCCAUUCGAGAUUACAUCAAGAGAUUCAAAGCAGAAAAGGCCAACAUUGUAGGAUGUGAUGACCAGAUCGCGUCAUGUGCCUUUCAGAAAGGUCUUCCAGCUGAACACAACUUGUACCGCGAGCUGACUAUCACUCCCAGCCAGACUCUGGCAGAGGUCUACGCGACUGCGGAACAUUACGCGCUUUGGGAUGAUAAUCGAAUCGCCGCAAAGAAGUCUACAAAGCAGGAAGAUCAGUCGACUAAACGGGCAGGCCAAAGAAGCGAUGGAUAA